CUUGUCCAGAGAGUAUUAGGCAGAAUCAUUUGUACAUGACCAAUGACUGUCACGUUCUGAAUGUAUUCUAAAAUUAUUUUAAUGUUUUGACAUAAAAUUCUUAUUUUAAAAUCAAAUACGACUUAUUAGAAGUUCAAGUAGAUAUAUGAACAUGGAAUCUUCUAGUAGUGGAUGUAAUAAGAGGAAAGCCGAUCAGUUAAUUGAUUCAAGUUUGCCUAACAUAAAAAAUAAAUUUAAAAAGAAAGUUCCAAAUGAAUUUGAAUCUUUGCCAGAUAAAAUAGAUUUGAUGUGUUUGCCUGAUGACGUUCUUUAUAUAGUAUUAAGCAAUUUGCAUCCAAAAGAUAGGCUAGAAAUGGGCUUAACCUGCAAACGAAUGCUACAUCUAGUCAAUGCUUCCAAUGUGUGGAAGAAAGUAGAUUGUCGACCUCUGCAUGUGAAUAAUUUGAUGUUUGAGAAAUUAAUAAAAUUUUUGUCUUUUGGAACUUUAGCCUUGAGUAUUCGAGGGUAUGCAAUGAAACAUCUUCAUGCAGACAUUCAACCAACUUGCACACCUCAAUUAUUACAUAUAAUUAAAGAUAAGUGCACAAAAAUCAAAAUAUUGCGAAUAGAGGAGGAUUUAAUACAUAAUAUUGCAAUAAAAGAUUUUCCAUCAACUCUAGAGGAACUCUCACUGGCAGGAAGUGCUAAUAGAUAUUUUAAUUCAGAAAAUUCAGUACCUUAUUUUUUUAGGAUAGAGCAACAUUUACCAAAUCUAACUACAUUAUGUUUACGACAAUGCAGAUGGUUUGAGCCUCAUGCAUUAAUGAUAUUAUCUAAACUACCUCACUUACAUAGUUUAGAUGUCAGUAAAUGUUCUAGGCUAGGUGAAUGUGUACCAUAUUUUAGUCUUGCUAUGAGGCACGGAUUCAAAAAGCUUAGGGUACUGGAUUUAAGGCAUACCAUGUUGGGAGAUAGUGAAGUUUCAUGUUUAAAAUCGUUGCCAUGCUUGAGGGAAUUACUACUAGAAUGUCCAAUAAAUGUACAACAUGAAAAUUCUCAUGACAAUGCUAAUUUUAGUCGUAACCCUGUAGUAGUGAUUAGGCCUUUAUACAGGCAAAUUUUUGAUAAUCAACUGCCACAAGUUGGAGUACAUAAUGCUAAUAUGGAAGAUAAUAUAGAUAAUAGAGCAAUUUUUCUUAGAAUGCCAGCAAUGCCUCGCAAUCGCCCACUAAAUAUUGACCACAUGGAACAAGAGCAAAUAAUAAUACAAGUAAAUAGAAAUUUUGAUAAUAAUAAUGUACAAAAUGAAUUGCCUCAAGUUCCCGUACAUAAUGUUAUAGAAGGGGGGCGAAAUCAUAUUAGGAAUCUUCAUGCUAGACUACCUUUACAUGAUAAUCAUUUAGGAAUAAAUGAUAAUUUUCACAUGCCACAUUUAACUGUAGGAAGUCUCAUAACAGAUCGAGCUAUUUGUGGAUUUGGAAAUUCUAUGAUCAAUAAUGAAUUGAAUUUGAUUCGCAUCCAAGGAGAGCAUGCAGCUGAGGAAUGUGAAUCUUUGUUGGAACGAAUAGUUGUUCGAAAUUAUACCUCAGUUUCUGACAGAUCUUUGAGGCAUCUUGCUAGGGCUAUACCACAUUUGAAAUUUUUGGAUGUACGUGGUACAACAGUAACAAAACAAGGUGUGGAGAAAUUUAUGCGAGAUUGUCCUGACUGUCAUAUUAGAUCUGAUAUCAAUAUUUAAUGAAUUAUACCUUCAGGCAAAUAAGAGUGGAAAAUGAAUUUUUAUUUACACAAAUGCAUAUAAUUAUAAAUCUUUUUAUGAGUAGGAUAUAUAUCUCUUAUUUGAAUAUCAAUAUACUAAUAGUUCAUA